CUUCAAUUCAUUACUGUAACAAUGGUGAAAUUGGUUCUUCUUCUCCGAUUAGAAGUCUUUUUGUUAUUCACCCUCAUUUCUCUGCCCAAAUCACUUUCUCAACGGACACGGGAAUCGUUUUAUCUGGAUUUUGUGAGGGAUGCAAUAGAGAUGCCGAGGGAGGACUACUACGAUUACAUCGUCGUCGGAGGCGGCACCGCCGGUUGUCCACUGGCGGCGACGUUAUCGGAGAGAUAUAAAGUUCUGGUUCUUGAAAGGGGCGGCGUUCCAUUUGGGGAUCCGAAUUUGAUGACCCAAGAGGGGUUUCUCAACACCUUAUCGGAAUUCGACACCUUUGAUUCCCCUGCUCAGCCUUUCAUCUCCGAGGAUGGAGUCCCCAACGCGCGCGGCCGCGUUCUCGGCGGUAGCAGCGCCAUAAACGCCGGUUUCUACAGCAGGGCGGAUGAGGAGUUUUAUGGGAAUUCCGGGAUUAAUUGGGAUUUAGGGUUGGUGAAUCAGUCGUAUGAGUGGGUGGAGAGGGCUAUCGUGUUUCGGCCGGAGCUUAAGAGCUGGCAAUCGGCGGUGAGAGAUGGGUUGUUGGAAGCGCGUGUGAAUCCGUACAAUGGGUUCUCGUUACACCACGUUCUUGGCACCAAGAUCGGCGCGUCGACGUUUGAUAACUCCGGGCGGCGACACAGUGCGGUGGAUUUGCUGUUCUUUGCUAACGCGAGUAAUAUUCGCGUGGGGGUGUUUGCCACCGUGGAGAGGAUUCUCCUGGCGUCCACUUUUUAUUCUCCCGGGUCGAAUCAAUCGGCGAUUGGGGUUAUUUUCCGGGACAGAUUAGGGCUUUUCCACCACGCUAUGGUGAGGGAAAGCGGCGAGGUUCUCCUCUCCGCCGGCGCUCUCGGUAGCCCGCAGCUGCUUCUCCUCAGCGGCAUCGGCCCGCGUCUCUACCUCUCUUCUCUCGGGAUUCCGGUGGUUUAUCAUACCCCCAAUGUCGGCCAGUUUCUUUACGAUAACCCUAGGAACGGAAUUUCCAUUGUCCCUCCAAUCCCUCUGGAGUAUUCUCUCAUACAGGUGGUGGGCAUAACCGGCUCCGGCUCAUACCUCGAAGCCGCCUCCAAUUUCAUCCCAUUUGCUUCCCCUGUCAACUCCGUCUUCAUCCGAGCUCCGGCGUCUCCGGUCUACCUCGCCGUCGCCACCCUCAUGCAGAAAAUCUCCGGCCCGGCGUCCACCGGUUCGCUCCGAUUGGCCUCCCCCGACGUCAGGGUGAACCCUAUCGUCCGGUUCAAUUACUUCAGCGACGCCGGCGAUUUGCAGAAGUGUAUAAGCGGGGCCAGGAUGAUUGGGGAAUUGCUGAAAACUCGGUCCAUGGAUGUUUUCAAGUUUGAUCAGAGAUUUGGCGAAAGGGAUUUCAGGUACGUCGGGCCUGCAUUGCCGGUAAACCAGUCGGAUGACAAUCUUAUGGGGGAGUUUUGCCGUGAAACCGUUAGUACCAUAUGGCAUUACCACGGCGGCUGCGUCGUCGGAAAAGUGGUUGAUGGUGAUUUCAGAUUUACCGGAAUUGAUGGUCUCAGGGUUAUCGACAGCUCCACUUUUAAUACUUCUCCGGGAACCAACCCUCAAGCCACCGUUCUCAUGCUUGGAAGGUAUGCUGGUUUGAGGAUUCUGGGGGAAAGACAACAGGCAGGAAAGUGAUUUCUUUGUUUUGGUGUUAUGAGAUAGUGUACUUCACAUAUGGUGGUGUUAUAUGUAUAAAUGCUUGAAUGGAACCUUUUUCACAAGUGGUUGCUAAAUGAGAUGGAUUUCUAUGUUUAUAUC